AUGAGCAGUCAGGGGUCUGGAAGAGGGUCGUGGAGAGGAGGCAGAUGCAGUGGUUCAGGUGGAUGGACAGGAAGGAGAGGUGGAGGCUGGUACUAUGGAGGGAAUAGAGGUUGGAGAGGACGUCCCUGGGGCAGGGGCCAGACAAACCGUCCACCUGGCAAUGUUCAGCAGCGUGGUGCAGUUUCACGCGUUGCAUCACAAAAUCCUAGAGGUACUCAAGCAACUUUAGACAUUACAUGUCCAUACAAAGGAUGGAAGCUGUACUUCACUGAAGGUUUUGUCCAAAGUUCUCCAUAUGUAGAGAAGGUCAAGGUAUUUGAACAGUAUUUCCUGUCACAAAUUGACCUUUAUGAUAAGGAUGAGAUUGAAAGGAAAGGGAGCAUCCUUGUGGACUACAAAGAUCUGGUGUCAAACAAACAGCUGUCUGCACGUCUGCCUGCUUUAGCCAAGGAGCUCAAAGAAAUGCCUGAGAAGAUGCUUGACUGCCUAGGCUUGGCUAUUCACCAGGUAUUGACCAAAGACUUAGAGAGACACGCAGCUGAACUACAGGGCCAAGAUGGGCUUCCUAGCGGUGCUACACCUAUUAUCAACAUCCCCCUCAUAAAUGCCAGGGUGUACAACUAUGAACCACUGACUCCACUGAAAACACUGAGAGCCAAUCUGUAUGGUAAAUUUGUGACAAUCAGAGGAACAGUAGUGAGAGUGAGCAACAUUAAACCUCUCUGCAGUAAGAUGGCUUUUGUUUGCAACAGCUGUGGUGACACACAGAGUCUUCCCUUGCCAGAUGGAAAGUUUACCAUGCCUACCAAGUGUCUUCAAACAGAGUGUCGAGGUCGAUCUUUCACGCCAAAUAGAAGUUCACCGCUAACUCUCACUGUUGACUGGCAGACCAUAAAGAUUCAGGAGUUAAUGUCAGAUGACCAGAGAGAAUCUGGACGGAUUCCUCGCACCAUUGAGUGCGAGCUCACACAGGACCUUGUGGACAGCUGUGUACCAGGAGAUAUGGUCACAAUCACAGGCGUCGUUAAAGUGUCCAAUGAAGAAGGAAACUGGAGAAAUAAGAAGGAUAAAUGCAUGUUCCUGCUUUACAUUGAGGCAAACUCUGUCAGUAACUCCAAAGGGCAGAAAUCCAAGGUCGCUUCAGAAAUGGAAUGCCAAGGUGCAUCUGUGGAGUUUUCCUUGAAAGACCUCUAUGCCAUCCAGGAGAUUCAAGCACAAGAUGAGCUGUUCAAGCUAAUUGUUAAUUCUCUUUGCCCAGCAAUAUAUGGACAAUUGCUGGUGAAAGCAGGGCUGGCUCUGGCUUUAUUUGGAGGCUGUCAGAAAUUUGUGGAUGACAAAAAUCGAAUCCCCAUUAGAGGGGACCCUCAUAUACUUGUUGUGGGUGACCCUGGUCUUGGAAAAAGUCAGAUGUUACAGGCCGUGUGUAAUGUUGCCCCGCGUGGUAUCUAUGUGUGCGGAAACACAACAACCACGUCAGGACUCACCGUCUCUUUGUCCAAGGACAGUGGCUCUGGAGACUACGCGUUAGAGGCAGGAGCACUUGUAUUAGGAGAUCAAGGCAUCUGUUGCAUCGAUGAGUUUGAUAAAAUGGGUAGUCAGCACCAGGCCUUGUUAGAAGCUAUGGAACAACAGAGCAUCAGCCUAGCCAAAGCUGGCAUUGUCUGCACCCUGCCAGCUCGGACAUCCAUCUUAGCAGCUGCCAACCCAGUGGGAGGACACUACAAUAAGGGAAAAACAGUCUCUGAGAAUCUAAAAAUGGGAAGUGCUCUCCUGUCCAGGUUCGACCUGGUCUUCAUCCUGUUGGAUACACCUAAUGAGGACCAUGAUCACCUGCUGUCAGAGCAUGUAAUGGCCAUGCGUACAGGCAAGAGUGGAGCUUUCAGCAGUGCCACCAUUUUCAGACACAGCACGCAGGAACCCAACGUCUCCAUUCUAGAGAUGUCAUCAGACAAGCCUCUUGCCGACAGACUCAAGGUUGCUCCUGGUGAGAAUUUCGACCCCAUUCCUCACCAACUCCUGCGUAAGUACGUGGGCUAUGCAAGGCACUACGUCCACCCUACACUCUCAGCAGAGGCCGCAAAGGUGCUGCAGGAUUUCUACUUGGAGCUACGCAAACAGAAUCACUCUGCUAACAGCACACCUAUUACCACCCGUCAGAUAGAGUCCCUUAUCCGCCUCACUGAGGCGAGAGCACGGCUGGAGUUAAGAGAGAAAGCAACACAAAGUGAUGCAGAAGAUGUGGUAGAGAUUAUGAAACACAGCUUGGCAGACACCUACUCGGAUGAAUUUGGCCGGCUUGAUUUUGACCGAUCUCAGCUAGGUUCUGGAAUGAGCAAUAGAUCCAAAGUUAAAAAAUUUGUGUCUGCUUUGAACCAAGUAGCUGAACGCUCCCGCAAAACCCUGUUUGAGACCCAGGAACUGAGGCAGCUGGCCAAAGAGCUACAAAUUCAGGUUGUUGACUUUGAGGGCUUCAUCAGUGUGCUAAAUGAACAAGGUUACCUGCUGAAAAAGGGAAACAAGACUUAUCAGCUUCAGACCAUUUGA